UCCAUCAGUGCCACCUCUCCUAUGCCAUCAAGCGGGCACUGAGAGCCGGCUGGUGCCAGGAGGGCUCCUUCCCCACUCUAAGCUGCAUGUCUGUCCGUUCAGAAUGGAGGGGCUGCGCUCUGUGCUGGUCCAGUACCAGAAGCUGUUACAAAUGAUCCUGGUUCUGGGGAUUGGUGGCAACCUCUCAAUUGGAUACCAGAUUUCGGUGAUCAACUAUCCCUCUGUGUAUAUCCGUAGAUUUAUGAACGAGACCUGGAUGGCACGCACUGGAUCCCCUCUGCACGAAAAGACCCUCCUGUUUCUCUGGUCCUUCAUCGUGUCCAUCUAUGGUGCUGGAGGGCUGCUGGGGUCCCUCUGCUGUGGACACCUGACGGUGAAAUACGGGAAGAAGAAAAGUCUGCUGUGCGUGGACGUGCUGGUGGCUGGGACUGCCCUCCUCGUGGGCUACAGCCGGAGGGCCAAAUCCUUCGAGAUGCUCAUGGUUGGGCGCUUCCUCUACGGAGUGGCUGCCGGCUUCUGCCUGACCAUCCACCCUCAGUACGCAGGGGAGAUCUCCCCCAAGGGGCUGCGAGGCUUCGCCAACGCCACCUCCGGGUUCUUCUGGUCCCUGGGGAAGUGCCUGGGCCAGAUCCUG